AUGAGUAGGAGAAAUAAAAUAAUAGAGAUAUCAGAAAAAAAAAAUGUAAAUAAGGAAAUAAAAAAAAUAACUCAUAUACAGAAGAAAAUAUAUAAUUGUUUUAAUGAGCAUUUAUUUGAUAAAAGUGAAGAGCACAUUAAAGGAAAAAAAAAAAUAUUUUUUAAUAAAAAAAAAAGAAAGAAAAAAAAAAAAAAAAGGGAUGAUACAGAAAAUAAAGAAGAUUUAAUUGUUAAUAAUUUAUUAAACAAAAAAAAGAAACACGAAUAUAAUAAGUUUGAAAAUAAUUUGUAUAAAAGAAUAAAGCGAUUAAAUGAUAAUGACAUAAUUAAACAAUAUUCGAGAAAAAAAGGAUUUAAUUCUUUUUUCAAUUAUAGACAUGAAAAAAACAGAUGGAUGAAUAAAGAAGAUAAAAAUAUUUUAAUUAAUUAUAUAGAUGAAUUAAAGAGAAUAUAUUUAUGUAAAAAUAAUAAUUAUGAUAGUAUAAUAAAAGAAAUAAAAAAAAAUACUUAUUUUUAUAAAAUAUCGGAAAAAAUGAAUGAUAGUAAUAUAUAUAAUGAUAAACAUAUUUUAAAUACUUUUAAAAGUCAGUUUAUUAGUAGUUCUUUAAUAAAAGUAUUCAAUAAUAUUGGAAGAGAAAUAGUAUACCUUAUACAUUUAAUGAAACCAACUUCUAAUGAAAUAUUAAUAAGAAAACAAAUAUUAAAAAACAUAGAAAAUUUUCUUAAAAUGAUUUUUCCCACAUUUUUUAUGGUAGUAUUCGGUUCAUGUAACACAGACUUAGAUAUAUACAGUUCAGAUAUAGAUAUAUGUAUAUAUAAUGAUUGUGAAUCUAAUAGAGAUAAUAUUCAAACGUUAUAUAAUCAAAUGAGAAAGGAUAAACUAUUUAAAAAUACUAUUAUAAAAAAAAUAUUACAUGCUCGUGUACCAAUAGUGAAAUGCUUUUUUAAAGAAUUUCAAUUAUCCAUUGAUAUUUCUUUUAAUCAAUUAAGUGCGUUGACAAGCACUAUAAAAACACAAAAUUAUAUAAAAAAUAAUUCAUUAAUAAAAUAUUUGAUAAUUUUUUUAAAAAUUUUUUUGUCACAAAAUGAUUUAAAUGAUGCAUCGAAAGGGGGGAUUAGUUCUUUUAAUGUUUUAUUAAUAUUGACUAAAUUUUUAAAUGAACAUAAAUUUAUUUUCUAUAAAAAAAACACUUUUUUAUAUAUAGGAGAAGUUGUACAUAAAUUUAUAUCCCAUUUUUCUUUAUUUAAAGAUAAAGCAAGUUUGCUCCUUUUUUUAAAUAAUUUUGAAGAAUACGAUUUUUCAAAACCUGACGGUUUAAGCAAAAAAAGUUUUUAUGUAUAUAAAAAAAAUCUCUAUUUAAAUGAUUUAUUUGAUGAUAUAUUUUGCACGUUAGAAAUAAUUAAUCCAUUAGAAAAUGAAAAAUUAACAAAAUUAACAUUUGAUAAAGUUUUUAAAGUUCGCAUAUGUUUUAAGGAUGCUCUUUUUUCCAUAUCUAAUUUUUUUUUAAAAUAUGUAAAAAAAUAUGGUAAGUAUUAUUAUUUAAAAUAUAGUAAUAUUUUUAAAAAUUAUUUUGAGAGUAUUUCUUUUCUAAAUUAUUUAGGAGAUCAAUAUAUAAAUGAAAAUUUAAAAAAAUAUUAUCAAUUUGUUGAAUAUAAUAUUAAAAAUAUUGAUAAACUAAUUGAAAAUCAGGAUAAUUAUAAUAAUAAUAAUAAUAAUAAUAAUAAUAAUAAUAAUAAUAAUAAUGAAUUAUCUGAUAAAAAAAAUAAAAAAAACUAUUCUUUUUCCAAAUGUAAUGAUGAUAAUAAUAGUAAUAAUAGUUACAAUAGCAAUCAAGAGGAUACCUAUAAGUCUCACAUUUUUUUAAAUGAAAACAAAACAGACAAUAAAAAUAAAGAUGAUAGAGUCAAUUAUAAAAAUGAAAAUCUUCACAAUUUUUAUAGUUCUUUAAAUGAAUUAUCAAUAAAUACAUUAAUAUCUUUUUUUCAUAAAAUUUUUAAGGAAGGUAUUAAUGUAAACGAUUCAUCUAUGGAAAAAAAUGAAAUUCAUGAGUCAAAUAAAUCAGAUAAAAAUGAGAAAAUCAUGAAAAAUGAUUUUGCAAAUAUGAUAAAACAUAAGAAUAACAAGGAAUAUAAAAUUAAUAAGAAUGAUACAUAUACUGAUGAAAAAAUGAUAGGUAAACAUAAAGAUAGAAUAGAUAAAAAGAUUACAAAGGUUGAUACAGUAAAUAUAUAUAAUUCUGAUAUUAAAAAAAAAAUGAAUUAUACUCUAAAAGCAGAUAAAGAAAAUUUAAAAAAAACUAUUAUUUUUAAAGAUAGAUUGGAUAAAAAUAUAAAUGACUGUGAAAAUACCAAACAAAGAGAAUGUUGCGAAAAUAUUUCUAAUAAUAACAAUUAUUUAGACAUUAUACUCUCAAACAAAAAUAGCAAAAAAUGUAUUUACAACAUAGAAAAACUUAGAAAAGAUAUUGAUUGUUACAAUCCUGAAAAAUUAAAAAGUAUAAUUAAUAAUAUUUAUAAAUUAUUUGAUAGCAAUAAUGAAAAAGAAAAUGAAUAUGUUGUUAGUCUUUGUAAAAAUUUUAAAGCUUUAAGAUAUAUUUUGAAAGUUAAUAAAUUAAUAUAUGACAGAUUUAAAUAUUAUUGCAUCUUUAAAGGUAUGUAUAAAGAUACAGAAAAUACACACAUAAAUGAUAAUCAAUUGAUAGAAAAAUUAAAAAAAGAAAUGUUAGUAAAUUUAUUAAAUAUGAAAAAUUACGAUACACAUGAUUUAAUACAUUUAGAAAUAAACAAUGAUGUUUUUAUAAAUGGGCAUAUAUCAAAUAUUAAUAAAAAUUUUCUAUAA